UCUACUUUUCAUAUUAAAAUCAACUGAUUAGCCGUUAAUAUACAUGAUCAACUAUAAAACAAGAUCCAUAACUAUGUAACGUCAUAGCCACCCAGCCUCGCUUGUUUAUAAUGGUGCAUCCAUCUCCAUCACCACAACAGAAGUUAUUACUUUACCUUUCACAUCCGUCCAUCCUCACUAUCAUUAGUACUACUGGUUCUUCUAGUAACAGCAUACAUUCAUUUUCCUCCCAUAGUUGCUGUAGACGCCAAAGCUCACAUAUACAGGGAGAGAUAAAUCCAUCAAUCAACAGAUAUACACAUGGAUCCCAAAGUUGUUGUUGCUCUCGCUCUGUCCCUUAUUGGUGGCCUUAGCACCUCUCUUGGUGCAUUGCUGGCUAUACUAAACUGUGCCCCAAACAACAAAACACUCGGGAUGUUACAGGGUUUUGCUACUGGGCUCAUGUUAAGCAUGUCUUUCUUUGACUUGGCUUAUGAUGCUGUCAACGCGAUUGGUUUUCUAAAAGGAAACCUUUGGUUUUUUGCUGGGGCACUCCUGUUUUCCACUAUUGCUGAGGUUUUCCCUGAACCAGAUUGCAAUUUAGCAGAUGAGAAUGACAAACAUUUGGAAAAUAAGACUGGUAAUAACAACAUAGCAGGGAAGGAACUUAUGAUGAGACACCGCCGAAGAGUAAUCUUUAGUGUCGUUGUCACAGCAAUAGUUGCUGGUGUGAGUUUGCAAAACUUCCCUGUGGGUACUGCGGCAUUUCUUGGAACCACAAAGGGCUUCCGUGUUGGCCUUAACUUGUCUCUUGCUAUAGCUCUACACUACAUCCCAGAGGGUAUUUCAGUAGCUCUCCCUGCGUACUUUGCCACUUGCAGCAAAUGGCAAGCCUUCAAACUAGCGACGCUAUCUGGUUUUGCAGAGCCACUAGGUGUAAUUAUCGUAGCAUACCUAUUCCCAAGCAACUUGAAUCCUGAAAUAUUGGAAGGCCUACUUGGAUUAGUGGGAGGGGUCAUGGCGUUUCUAACGUUAUAUGAAAUGCUACCAAUAGCAUUUGAAUACGCAGGACGCAAGGAUGCUGUGAAGGCUGUAUUUGUUGGCAUGGCUUUUAUGUCCAUGAGCUUGCACUUCCUAGAUAUUAGUCUUCCAAAGGAGAUGGGUGCAUAACAUUUGAGUUGAAUUCUGAUGUGGACAAGAGUAUUUCAUCAUGGACUUUGCGCUAAGAGAGGUUCUCAGAGAAAAAGAAAGACCUCCAGAGAAUAAUGUGGCUAUGCCAAGCCAGUCUAACCAAAGUGGCCCUUUUGGGCUAUAAGCCUAUAACCCAGCGCGGCAAGAUUAUUUGUUUGAUUCAUUUUUUCAGUUGUGCCUCUUUGCAAUGGAAAUGAUAGACCAAAGGGCUGCCGAACUAUUUCUUCCUUGCCCUUUCAUGUUGCCCUAAACCCUAAGAUAUUAACAUGGCGCUAGUGAACAACAACAGUAUAUGAGGGAUAGAAGUAUCAUUUCAAAAUCGCUUGCCCAAACAAAAGACUCAAAUCACUGAGCACCAUCGCCAUGGAUGGGUGAUGUGCCCACGGAAGGGACCAUUACCUCAUGUAGCCUAAUGGCUGCAGUGACCUAAGUAGCAUCCUAAGGUCCUGAGCUCAAAUCUCCAUAGGA